AUGUUUGGGAAUUUCACCUUCUGCCAGAAGAAGGUGAACUCGGGCGACACUCCUGAGUUGGAGUCCGACCUAUCACCUAAAGACGUCCCGACAGACUGGUCCUCGCCACAGGCCGUCCACCUUCCCGCGACACCUGUUGCUAGGCCCACCUUCAGUACCAGCAAUCAAAAUCACAACCAUGAAAGCGACCAUGGCUCAGAACAGAUGGAGACGCUCGUACAGAAAAUGAGCCGCCAAACCCUUUUGUCGUAUCACCGAAGCGAUGGGUCGUUGAGAGGAGUGCCGCAGGUUGAAGAUUCAGAGACUGGAUGGUCGCUACCCAUGGGCGGUUCGACCUUCUCUGUGCCUAUACCGGCAAGUUUGCCUUCAUUGGCUGCAACGAACGAGAAAGAGUAUCGCGACAUAUUGCCAUACAAGCUCGUCGUAGACUCAACGCCCUUGCCGAGUCUUGCAUCAAGAGCGGUGCCCUACAAACGGGAUGGCUCCACGUCGCGGCUUCAGUAUGAAUUACCACCACCAAGCGAUGCUCCUAGCCCUCGGGCUGUUCGCGAGGCACUCAUGGAAAAAAUGAUCAAACACGGAGUGCAAUGCAGGGUUCAGCCUUCAAUGCCGGAUCAAACACACGCACCUAAGGCGAAUAUGGACCAACCGAUGCUGGAUGCGAAUAUACCCACAGAAGAACUUGUACCGAUCGAAGCAGGUGGGCUGGGAGGCGAUGACAAGAACGUCAGCAUCAGCCUGCGUGAAGCAGGGAUGCCCAGCAGGAUCCGUUACCGAAGGGCUGGUGGGAAUUUCACCUGCCUCUCUGCCGCUGAAAUAGCUUCAAAGAAUAAGAACCUAAAGCGGAGUGCCGUCAGGAUGAGGAGACGACCCUCAGACAAACCGAAACCAAUAGGGCCAGUGCAGCUCCCCACGCCGCCUCCCGAGCAAGACGCCAUAAACCUCUCGGCGGUGUAA